GAUUGAGGCUCAGAAUGGAGUGUCCCAGUUAGCCCCAACCAUGAGGCAAUAUGCUGCGGUGACCAUCACUACCAACCAAGCAGCCCCUUCUCCAGUGACUGUGAUCAGGAAGGAUCGCACGUCUCGUAACAGCAUCUCUCUGUCCUGGCUGGAACCAGAGAGACCCAAUGGCAUCAUACUGGACUACGAGGUCAAAUACUACGAGAAGCAGGAGCAGGAGACCAGCUACACCAUCCUGCGCUCUAAGGGUUGUAACGUGACGUUAAGCGGUCUGAAGGCAGACACCUCCUACCUGCUCCAGAUCAGGGCCAGGACUGCAGCAGGAUAUGGAGCCAGCAGCAGGAGCUUUGAGUUUGAGACCAGCCCUGACUCAUUCUCUAUCUCCAGUGAGAGUAGUCAGGUGGUGUUGAUAGCCAUCUCCUCCGCUGCGGCCAUCAUCCUGCUCACUGUCCUCCUCUACAUCGUGAUUGGCAGGUUCUGUGGCUACAGGAGGUCUAAACACCCUGAUGAGAAGAGACUGCACUUUGGCAAUGGACACUUGCGUCUGCCAGGUAUAAGGACCUACGUAGACCCUCACACCUAUGAAGACCCCAGUCAGGCCGUCCAUGAGUUUGCCAAGGAGCUGGAUGCUUCCUGUAUCGCCAUCGACAAGGUGGUGGGAGCAGGUGAGUUUGGGGAGGUGUGCAGCGGUCGUCUGCGUCUGCCCAGUAAGAAGGAGAACUGUGUGGCCAUCAAGACUCUGAAGGCAGGAUACACCGACAAACAGAGACGGGACUUCCUGUCUGAAGCGUCCAUCAUGGGACAGUUUGACCAUCCAAACAUCAUCAGGCUGGAGGGAGUGGUCACCAGGAGUAAACCUGUGAUGAUAGUAACUGAAUACAUGGAGAAUGGAUCCUUGGACAGCUUUCUGAGAAAACACGAUGCCCAGUUUACUGGUAUCCAGUUGGUGGGCAUGCUGCGUGGCAUUGCGUCGGGCAUGAAGUACCUGUCUGACAUGGGCUACGUCCACAGAGACCUGGCCGCCCGCAACAUUCUGGUCAACAGCAACCUGGUGUGUAAGGUGUCUGACUUCGGCCUGUCCAGAGUCCUGGAGGACGACCCCGAGGCUGCUUACACCACGCGGGGAGGUAAGAUCCCUAUCAGGUGGACAGCUCCAGAGGCUAUCUCCUACAGGAAGUUCACCUCGGCCAGCGACGCCUGGAGCUAUGGCAUCGUGCUCUGGGAAGUGAUGUCAUACGGGGAGCGGCCUUACUGGGAGAUGUCCAAUCAGGACGUUAUCAAAGCAGUAGAUGAGGGCUACAGACUGCCUCCUCCUAUGGACUGUCCUGCUACUCUGUACCAGCUGAUGUUGGACUGCUGGCAGAAGGAGAGGAACAACAGACCCAAGUUCGAACAGAUCGUCAGCAUCCUGGAUAAACUCAUACGCAACCCUGGGAGCCUGAAGAUCACAGCCAACACCUCACCCAGGCCAGCCAACCUGCUCCUGGACAGGAGUAGUUCCGAGGUGGUUCAGUCAUUGGGAACAAUGGGGGAUUGGCUGGACAACGUGAGGACUCUGCCCUGUAAGGAGGCCUUCUCUGGGGUCAGCUACAGCUCCUGUGACACCCUGCCCAAGACCUCCGCAGAGGACCUAAAGAAGGUUGGUGUGACUAUCGUCGGCCCCCAGAAGAACAUUGUGAGCAGCAUCAAAGCACUAGAGAGCCACAGUAAGAACGCCCCUGUCCCAGUGUAACUCGACCGAGCCACUAGAGACUGGCUGUCUGGCUGACUGGCUGCCCUCUGGGCCCCGUUCCAAUCUGAAUGAAACCCCUCUGGGCCCUGUUCCAAUCUGAAUAAAGCCCCUCUGGGCGACGUUCCAUUCUGAAUGAAGCCCCUCUGGGCUCCGUUCCAAUAUGAUUUAAAGUGUCUCCCCUUCAGACCUCUGUGAACGUUUCAAUGACGUUCCUUCCACAAGGGAGGCUUCCCUUUGCGAGGGGUAGUGAUGGGGAGAGGAGGGCCUCAUUGGAUUAGAACAGCCCUCUGAUCUCUCUAACAUACAGGAAGGAAGUCCCAAACUAAAGGAGGAAGUAGACACUCCACACAAAUGCUGAGAUGCCUUACUCAGAACAGGAGAGGAGAGGAGAGAACCUGGCCUUGGACCUUGGGGCAUGGCGAUAAAGGGCUGGUGCUGGGAUUGGAUAACGUGGGACAGCAGGGCCCUUUGUGUGACCUAUAGUGGUAAGGGGCUCGUUGAGAACUGAUCCAAUCGUGAUCCUGUGGACUUGACUGACAACUCUUUAACUCUGGAGAGGGGGACAUUAAAUGCCUUGAGUAGAAUAAUGCAGUCAGCAGCAGCAAUUCACUCACAUCAACCUGGAGCAGACAGAAGCAGACCUGGAGAUUCAUUCAUGAACUUUGAGACGCUCCCACCACUGAAGACCCCACUCACUCUCACAAAGAAGGACUGAUACCACUCUGUGUGUCUGUGUGUCUGUGAGUGUGUGCUCCUGUGUUACUCAAGAGAAAGUCAGCUUGAGAAAGAAGCCAAACCAUUGGAUGGGCACCCAGACUACAAUAAGCUAUGUUUCCCCUAUAGCUAAUAGCCUACAGUCUGAAAACAGUUGAUGUCAAACAGAAAGCAAUAAUCACAACAAUCAGUUUAUCACUUUGAUCAACCAGAACCAAUGAGACUCACACAGUUUGCUCUGAUGGUUCACAGGACAUAUCAGACCACAUACAGAACUGUAAUUAACUGCCACAAGUCUGCUUAUUAUACCGUAGGUAAUGAUACAUCACUCCAAGCUUCCUUAUUCCCACCCCUAGUGUGAAAUAUCAGUAUGUGUUAUUCAUUCAAACUAAAGCAGGAUAGAGAGAAAAGGAGAUCGAGAGAGUGAGGUAGAAGUAGAGAGAGAUGUGGAGGGAGAGAGGAAUAGAGAAGGAAAUGCAGAGAGAGACAGACAGACAGAGAAAGACAGAGAGAGACAGACAGAGAGAGAGAGAGAGAGAGGUAGAGAGAGAAUACCUUGCAACCGACUACUCCAGAGCAUAUUCUGCUCUGUAAGGUAGAUAGAUGACACUCAAUGACCCCGAGCUCUUCUAAUGCCUUCUUCCAGCAGCGGUGGAGAUCUCACAACUCUCUGGAAACAACGAGUGUGUGAGUGUUAUACAUCUCUGGAGCAGACAAUGAUUCUCUCUGGAAACAACGAGUGUGUGAGUGUUAUACAUCUCUGGAGCAGACAAUGAUUCUCUCUGGAAACAACGAGUGUGUGAGUGUGAUACAUCUCUGGAGCAGACAAUGAUUCUCUCUGGAAACAACGAGUGUGUGAGUGUAAUACAUCU